AUGUCUCCGUUUCACUCCUUUGUCCUGUUGGCAGGUGUUCUAUUUCAUAUUGCGUAUGGUUAUGUUGAUUUCGGAUCCUUGACUCUUCCUUUUGAACCCAUUUACCAACCUACUCCGAGACCGAACCAGUUGCCUGACGACUAUGAUCUUCGCUAUGAGGUUCUCCCCUCGAUGAUCACAGCCGUUGCCCCUUCAGUCACGAUCGCGGGAAAUGGAAGCCACCAAACCAUGUACAGCCUCCAUUAUCACCAUUACUUCAGCAAGACACGACAAGGAAGUGGUAUUUUCGACAAGCGCGGAGUGUUUGCCAGCGAUCCGCCCAUUGCGACAUGCACUCCUUGUGGAGGUGGGACUUUCGUCAACAUCUACAAGGAGUACAGUAACUGUCAUCAGCGGAACAAAAGUAGUCAUCACGACUACUUCCACCUCGACUUCAGCUAUGACAGCAACUACAAGCAUGACAAGCUCUUCUGUAUUGUCCCGUCAGCCAUAUACCUCUCCAACGUCAAGCCCAGCUACCAGCACCACCAGCUUAUCGAUCAUUGUUGUCUCAAGCACAACCAUAACAAUCACGAACUCUGGUGCCGUCGCUUCAACCGUCGGAAGUGGAACAUCCUCUUCACUGUCUACAUUGACCGUAAUUACCGGCACCGCGUCAAGCGCAUCAUUCACUCCGACUUCGGUUUCGCUCGUUACAACAACAAUGCCAAAUACCAUCAUAGGCUGCGGGCAAGCUUCAGGAAGUGGCAUUUGGGCACAGGCACAAUAUACCUAGGAGGCACACCGAUAGUGACCUCGGGAACUGCAAGUGGCUCGGCGAGCAAUGUCUCUGGCUGCGGCACCAUCAUUGCUACGAACGGAACGUUUACAGGGUCUGCUGAGAUUACUGGCUGUGGCUCGGGUUCUGGCACUGGUACAUUGACUGGCACAGGAACAGUCUGGCCAGCCUACGGAGGUGGACAUAUCUCGUUUGUCACCUCGGGCACGGUCAGCGGCAAUGGUAAUUUUAGUGGUUGCGGAACCUUGACCGGCUCCGGCACCUUCGUCGCAACGACAGGCUCACCCGUAGUGAUCACGCCUACCACCACUCCAACUCCGACGUCCAGACCGAUCAGAACCGUGAGCGUAUAUCUCUCCUACUGCCCGGAGUCCACCAUGGGCAUAAACGACAUCCUCCGCCUUGCCAGUGGCUCCAACGUGACAUCCCUCUCCGGACCAAUCCUCAACAUGACCUCUUCUUCAUCGACGUCCACCAAUUCCACUGUUCUCCCCGCCAGCAACUCCACUGUUAGCAACCCCCUGUGCCAGACUUGCCCCAACUCGGUUGGAAUCUGCUGCCCGCCAACCGUGCACUGCUCGGCGGACGACGGCAAAUGUCCGCUCUACGCGCUGGAGAACUCGGGCAAUACGAUUAAUGGAUACUUGAUUGCGCAGGUGAUGAACAGCUCUGCGCCCGUGGCGGGACGCAAGAAGAUCAGAGCGCUCGAGAAGAAGCAUAAUAAUGUGGGAAAGGGGUUCGGAGGCAAGGACUUGGUCGAGCUGGAAGUCGAAGUGGAGAGGCAGUUAAAGAGACGCCAGGAGAAGAAGAGGGCGCAUAGGAAACAGUUUUAG